AUGGAGAAAAAUAUUUAUCACGCUCAGGAUCAGGCUGUUGAGCAGGUUAUAGUGCAUGGCAAUAAAGAUGAGAAGGGUCCAAUUCAGCUUUUUCUUGGGAUCAUCUUUUCUCUAGGGGUUCGAGUUUCUGCAACACUCAGCUUGAAAUUGCAAUAUGACGGGGAUCAGAUUUUGCAUACUGUGCCAAAAACACUUCAGCAAGUCCAGCACCUUCAACAUCUUUGCAGCACUUUGCUGCUGCAUCUGUGGAAGCCCUUGCUGCCUGAAGACAUCUGGACUGGAAAAGAUCUGCACAUGAGGGUCCCAGCCCCUAUGCUGCAGGAGGUGAAAGACAGCUUAGACCAGCAUCUGAUCUCCUAUGAAGUCCUAAUACGUGACGUGCAGGCGCUUGUGGAUCAGAGCAGGUUAAGUGUGGGGAGCAGCCACAAGCAGGUGCCAGAAGGCCACAUCUACACCCAGUAUCAUCCAAUGCAAGAGAUUUAUCAAUGGAUGACUCAAGUAAAGGAGAGCCACAGUGAGCUGGUGACUCAGCACUACCUGGGAAAGACAAAUGAGAAUUAAACUAUGUACUAUCUGCAGAUCAGUCAAUCAUCAAACAAAAUCAAAAAGAUCAUUUGGAUGAACUGUGGGAUUCAUGCCAGGGAAUGGAUCUCUCCGGCCUUCUGCCAGUGGUUUGUGAAAGAAAUUCUACAAAACUACAAAUCUGACCCAAAGAUAAGCAGAUUUCUUCAGAAUUUGGACUUGUACAUCUUGUCAGUCCUCAAUAUUGAUGGUUACAUCUAUUCCCGGGAAAAAGAACGUUUGUGCAGGAAAAACUAUUCUCCACAUAUAAAUGGCACCUGCUACAGGACAGACCUGAACCAGAACUUCAGUUCCUCCUGGGGUAGUAUUGGUGUUUCUUAUAAUUGAAGUAGUGAUAUCUUCUGUGGAUCUGGACCAGAAUCAGAGCCUGAGACAAGAGCUGUGGCUCAGUUUAUCAAAAGGAAGAAGAAGGAUAUUUUGUGCUAUUUAACAGUUCACUCCUAUGGAUAGUACAUCCUCACUCCAUACGAGUUCACAACCAAACCUCCAAGUGACAACGAAGAACUGAUGAAAGUUGCAGAGAAAGCAGCUACUGUCCUGAUGGGAAAGUAUGGGACCAGUUAUCAAGUGGGAGCAACCUCUUUAAUUUUAUACAGUAACUCAGGCUCCUCAUGGGACUGGGCUCACAUGAUAGUCAUCCCUUUCUCCUACACAUUUGAGCUGCAUGACAAGGGAACUCAUGGAUUUGUUCUACCUCCAGAUCAGAUCCAGCCCACAUGUGAAGAGACAAUGUUGGCUGUGACAGCUGUCACAGACUAUGCUGAUCAGAAGUAUUUCCCAAGUGGAGGUGUGACACUGACCUCUGGUAGCUUGGGCCUGAGCCUGUGCCUGAGUUGUGUUUAA